AUGAAUAAUAAGAAAUGUGUAGGUCCUAAUAACGGCUGGUUGUUGUGCGAGUCCAAAAGUUUUCCUGGCAAGCUUUAUUACUUCAAUGUUCGUAAUGGAGACGCCGUGUGGACUUCCAACGACUCUGAUACAACAAUUAAAAAGAACAACAGCUUUGCGGAAAACAUUGUGGACAAAUCACACAAGUAUCCGGAACCGACCACAUUACCGGACGACCAUACAAUACCGUACCAUAAAAUUGGCACAAAUAUUAAACCGGAGAUCCAUACAAAUAUUCCAUCAACUCGCUUGCAACAACCUAUAUUUGGGCAGCCUGUGUACCCUUUAUGCACACCGAAUAGGGACACAAAAAUAACUCAAGUUGUCUGGACGCCCGUACAAGUACCGAUGCCAGUCUGCUGGAAUGUGGAAUCAAAUAAACCGAUGUCUGAUAAAUUCACCCAGACUUUUGAGUGUCAACAGGACAAACAACAUACACUAGUUCAAAGUUGUACGGUACCGUUAUCAAAACGGUUCGUUAAUAAUCAAAGAAAUGUCAAAUCUACUAAUUUUGAAACGUCAACACCUAUUAUGAUAAGAAGUCAAACUUCAAAACCGUUUACCAAAUCUACUCCUACUGUAUUCGAACCAAAGUCUCCGGAUAUAAUGAAGAGCAAUGGAAAACCAGUCUUCGUUUUUGGUGAUAAGGUUGAAAGUGCUAACCCUGAAAUUGAGGAGGUACUUGAAAAACAGGAUGUUCUGAAAAACUUAGAUAGUAAUGAUUUAAGGUUUCAUUUGUUAGCUAAAAGGAAGAAGUCGGUUGAUCAAAUAUUUGAGACUGCAGUUGAGAAAAAUAAACCGAAAACUGGCACUGAAGUCCCAACAUGUAAGAAGGUAACUUUUGAUUUAGUUGAUGAUGUCACUGACGAGACCAGUAGCGACCUGCCUUCAGACGAUUUUAUUCCACCAUCAAAGACCCAAUCAGCAUCCUCCACAGACAUAGACAAACCAGCUCCAAAACUAAAUACUCUAUGGUUCAAAGACAUACAAACCUUUAAGGAGCCGAACUUUUUGGAGAACGCGCAAAUGUUUAAAAAUAAAAAGAUUUGGUUCAUGGCUGUUGAUACCGAAGUAUUGUUGUUGGAUUAUGAAGCUAUCAAGAAUUACGUUAAAGCUGAUCCUACUUGCAAGCUACUAAUUCCACACGUGGUACAAGCAGAUAUAGAAGCGAUAUGUAUGGGCACUUGUGAUGGACAGCAACGCGUGCUAAAUGCCAGGCAGAUCACAAGGAACCUGGCAAUACCACCGCCGUAUUUCCUAGUGGAACCGCCACACAAUGAAGAUUGCUUCGAGAUGACCACAGAGAGUAUCUUGAACUGCUGCAUGAAAGCUAUCAAGAAUAAUUACUAUGUGGUACUAAUAACAAACGACCCACAUUUGAAGAACAGGGCCUCAAUCCUCAACAUACCAUCAUAUAAACUAAACGAAAUCAAAAAUGGCGCUCUUGUCACACCCUAUCUGACAGAUGCCACUGUCAAAAGUUCCCACCAAAACGAGGACAUAGAUAAAAGAAAUGAGUUCGAGAAAAAUAGUUUUAAUGUUGGAUCCUUGAAACAGCAAUUGUUUAUGGAUAACGAUGAUUUAGUCGGCUUCGAUAGAUUAAUUGAUAUUACGAAGCCUAAAUAUUUAAAAGAUUGUGAUUACCGCUCUGAUAGUGAAAGCGGAUAUAAGCGUUCGGAUAUAAGCAGAGAUGUCCAAAAUUUGAAUUUGAAAGAUAAAAUUUUGUCGAAAUCUGAACAUGUUCAUCGUAAUCCAUUUUUGCCUCAGAAUGAUCGAAAUAAAUUGAUUCCAACCGUAUUUGAUACUACUAAUCUCAAAAAGACAGUGCAAAAUUCAAAAUUUGACUUUGAAAAACGAUCCAUUUGGGAUUUCGGUAUGCAAAAGAAAGAACAGGAAUCACUAUUUAAUUCUAAUCCGACUUUGCAUACCAAAAAGACAAUCCCAAACUCAAUAUUCGACGAAAUUCGUAAUCCGUUUUUACCGAAAACCGACACUAUUAAAAAGGUAACACCAAAUUCAAAAUUCAACCUCGAAAAACCGUCAAAUCCUUGGAAUUUUGAUAUACAAAUGAAAGAGCGAGAAAUGUUACCUUCUGCAAAUUUCAAAACUAUGGAAAUUUUUGGAAAGCAAGAAUCUUCACAAAAAAUGGAAAGUUCGUUUGAAAUUAACAAACUUAAAGUAAAAACAUCAUCGCAGCAGAGAAUUAAAAAAAUCCUAGAACAUGUCUCUUUAAAAACGGACACAGAUAACACAGGAACUUUCAAAAUACCGCAGACGUUACAAUUUAAAAAUCGAACGCGAAUAGGCUGUAUAGAAAGUCCGUUAAAGAAUUCGAAAUUUGGUAAUUAUUUAAGUUUGAAUUUGGAAUCUUUGGAUGAGAAUCUAAAAAGUUUUUGUGUUAGCAGUAAGUCUGUUGGUGACAGAAUUAGUACAAAGAUUGAUGAGUUUCUUUGUAUUUACAUUCAAGUUAUGGAGGACGUACUUAAUGAUUUGUUAAAGAAAAACACAAUAAAAGACAUGUUACCCCCCACAACAUUGCAAGAAACAUUAAAUUGUAUUAAAAUGGUUUACAAUGAAUAUGAAAAUAUAAGGGAGAUUAUCUAUAGACUCAUUCUGUAUAUCGAAAAAUGUGUUAAUGAGAAAGGUCAUAUAAUCAAAAGUAUGAAGCCAGAUGAUUUCAUGAAAAUGUUCGGUUGCGGCAUCAUGCUUAUAAUGGCUUUACAGUCCAUCUUCCCAUCAUCAGAAGAAUUAAAAGACACAGAAGUAUAUCUGAGCUCCUUACUGACCAGCAUAGAGAGUGACUGCGAAGCUUCCAUCGAGGACCCGUUGAAGACACCACCUGUUUACAGGUCUGAUCGCGACGAGAAGUACGAGUUUAGACCCAAUUUCAUAAAGCAACCAUCAUACGUGCUGGAAUACUUAAAGAAACAUUUCACCGAGUGGACCUCUUAUGAUGAAGAUAUUGACAGCCCACAUGUAAAUAAUUCUGACGUCAAAAUACUAAGAACUGUUGGUAAAAACUUAAAUUUAUUAAAAAUAGACAAAAAUAAGUCUAUAUCUAUGACUCAAAAUGCUACAGAAGCAGAUCUAUUGAAAAAUAAUUCCCAAAUAUUUUCCUUUACUGGUAAUAAUGAACCUAAACGAAAAGAUUUUGAAAAAUCAACUGAAAUUGUCAAUGAAGACAUAAAUAAAAAUAAACGCAAAGAUACUACAAUCAAUUUAAGCACAAAAGAUACUCAAAUUACUAUGAAAAUCGAUAAUAACACUUUAGCAGAAACCUCCAAAACGGAUGCACCUAAAGUGAUAAGAUCAGUGAAGUUGAUAGAUGAAUAUGAGAAGAAAAUUAGACAACCCGUCGACCUGGAUUUGCUUGAUUAUUCAGAGAUUUAUGAACCAUCGUUAGAUGGUAAUUUUGAAGAUGAUUCAGUAAAAGAAACCGAAGGUUCGUUUUGCAGUAAAAAUAAUGAAAAUCAAAUUGAAAAGAAUAAAAUAAUUGAUUCAAGUAAUAUUAUUGAUAACGAUAUCAUAGAAAAUUGUAAUAAUUAUUAUCAUGAGACCAAAAAUAACAAUCAAGAUGCAAAAACCAUCGAAAAACCCGACUUCGAAGCCGAAAGCGAAACUUUCACGGACAAAUUCGACGAAAGCGGAGUAUUUAACGAUGUUUCGGAUGUAAAUAACGAUGUGUCUAUACGUAACGAUAACGAUGGUUGUGACAAAGACGACGUGACUAACGAUUCUGGGUUUGAAAAUGAAAGCACUUGUGCACAUAUCACUGUGAAGAUAUUUUUUAACGAACUUAGCACUACUUUUAAAGCCGUGAGCAAGUUUGUUACAACCUUCAGUGAAGAUAUUCAAAGAAGAGGAUUAAACGAUAAAAUUAGGAAUGAACAUCUUCAAAAAGCUACUAAGUGCUUAGAAAAUUUGGGAGCUAUAACACUACGAUUAAAAAGUAUAAUCAAACGAGAAUCAGCAGAGGUGACAGUACUCAAGACGUUAUUGCUCAAAGCGGGACUCGAAGCCACUAGCGAUAAGAGGGUCACGCGAUACAGACAAAUCGUAUUAAAAUGUUUACAACAAGCAUUGAUUUUGAAAAAUGCACUGAAAAUUAUAAUUUCUACUACUGCAGGCGACGUGGACGGCGUAUCAUGUAGUUUGGAGUCUAUACAUUCUAGAUAUUUUAAUAUUUUUGAUAAUUAA